AUGAGUCAGAGGCAGGUGUUGCAAGUGUUCGAGCAGUACCAGAAGGCCCGGACCCAGUUCGUGCAGAUGGUGGCGGAGCUGGCGACCAGACCCCAAAACAUCGAGACGCUGCAGAACGCGGGUGUAAUGUCUUUGCUGAGGCCUCUUCUUCUGGAUGUGGUCCCAACAAUUCAACAGACUGCUGCAUUGGCUCUUGGGAGACUGGCUAAUUAUAAUGAUGACUUAGCAGAAGCAGUGGUGAAGGGUGACAUUCUUCCCCAGCUUGUUUAUUCAUUGGCAGAACAGAAUCGUUUUUACAAAAAAGCAGCUGCUUUUGUGUUACGAGCAGUUGGUAAACAUUCUCCUCAACUAGCUCAGGCAAUAGUUGAUUGUGGAGCACUGGAUACGCUGGUGAUAUGCUUGGAAGAUUUUGACCCUGGAGUCAAGGAGGCUGCAGCUUGGGCACUUGGAUAUAUUGCAAGACAUAAUGCAGAACUGUCACAAGCUGUGGUGGAUGCGGGAGCUGUUCCUCUUUUAGUACUCUGUAUCCAGGAGCCAGAAAUUGCUUUGAAAAGGGUUGCUGCUUCGGCCCUCAGUGAUAUUUCAAAGCAUUCUCCAGAGUUAGCACAGACAGUAGUGGACGCGGGAGCCAUUGCUCACUUGGCCCAGAUGAUCCUGAACCCUGAUUCUAAAUUAAAGCGUCAGGUCCUUUCAGCUCUUAGUCAGAUUGCAAAACAUUCUGUGGAUCUGGCAGAGAUGGUGGUGGAAGCAGAGAUCUUUCCAGUUGUACUUACCUGUCUGAAGGACAAAGAUGAAUACGUGAAGAAAAAUGCUUCUACUCUAAUUAGAGAGAUUGCAAAACAUACGCCUGAGCUUUCACAGUUGAUAGUUAACGCAGGAGGAGUGGCUGCCGUGAUUGAUUGUAUCGGGUCCUGCAAAGGAAACAUAAGACUGCCUGGCAUCAUGAUGCUUGGUUAUGUAGCAGCUCAUUCUGAGAACCUGGCAAUGGCAGUGAUCAUUUCCAAGGGUGUGCCUCAGUUGUCAGUCUGCUUGUCAGAAGAACCAGAAGAUCAUAUUAAGGCUGCUGCUGCUUGGGCCUUAGGACAGAUUGGGAGACACACUCCAGAGCACGCACGGGCUGUUGCAGUCACAAACACCUUGCCAGUUCUGCUGUCAUUGUACAUGUCAACAGAAAGUUCUGAGGAUCUUCAAGUAAAAAGUAAAAAAGCCAUCAAGAAUAUCCUACAAAAAUGCACCUAUCUACCAGCCCUUGAGCCAUUUCUGUAUGAUGCACCUCCCAAUAUUCUGAAGCAUGUGGUUGGACAGUUCAGUAAGGUACUGCCACAUGACAGCAAAGCUCGACGACUUUUUGUAACAAGUGGUGGACUUAAAAAGGUUCAAGAGAUAAAAGCAGAGCCUGAAUCUCUCCUUCAAGAAUACAUCAACAGUAUUAACAACUGUUACCCAGAGGAAAUAGUAAGAUAUUAUUCCCCUGGAUAUUCAGACACACUUCUGCAGAGAGUGGACAGCUAUCAACCAAUUACUAACUAAUAAGCAGAGUUCUGUUUUUAUACUCUAAUUCACAACAGAGUAUUUAUGAAUGACAGUCGUUAAAGCUCUUUCUAAAUAUUUGAACUAAGUACAUUCUAGAUUUAUUCAGUGUGAAGUACCUUUGGAUAAUUUUUUCUAAAUUUACGUAAUACUUUAAGAAUUAGUGGCCUGAAAGAUGAGGAAAUACUGGUCAUUUACAUAGGAUUUGCUCUAAGGGCCAAUUUUUAGAAGACACUAAAGGGCAUUAAGGCAUUUGUUGCUGUUCUGUUACCACCCCACUCCCAGUCUCAAACACACACACUCCCAACUACAUGUAGGUGAAAGAUGAUGUUGAAAACUCUGUUAUUUGACCAGUUCCUCCUAGACAUAGGCAAGAAAAACUGGCCUUGCAAAUUCCUCAGCAGGACAUAGCAGGGAAAUAGUUGAAUAAGGAAACUAAUGACAGAACUAUAGGGCACCUGAAGAGACUCUGAUGCUCUUUACAUCAAUGCAUUCACUAAACACAGGGAAACUCUGGUAACCUGUUGAGUUCUCCUACUAACUUAGGAAGCUCUCCCUCUCCUCUUCAUGCCAAAUUUUCUAAGCUCUUUUCUCACCUCACUCAAACUGUUCCUUACCUAUCAUGGGGCUGGAGAGGGAGGAAGUCACUAUUAAGCAUUAUUCCACUACAGACAUGCUUCCCAUUUCAUGGAAAGGUUUCUGAGUCUAGCCUUGCUCAUGAAUAAACCAGGAAGCAGGCAAAUAAAAUGGGUCCUCAGCAUACCCUGUCUUCAUUUCAUUUCCCUGAAUUUCAAAAGUCACAUUUUCAGGGAUUUAAGAAAUAAUUUUUUAAAAAUACCACUAAGGUUAG